UGUUAUGAUGAUUGAAAAAUUAAAUUCUUCCGUAAGACAUUUGGAAGGACAAGUUAGUACUCUACAAGGUCAAUUACAUAUGACUACAAAAAAUAGAGUUAAAUUAACCGUUCAAAUGGAAGAUAUUUCUAUAAAGACAAGAAGGCUUCCAAAGCUGGAGCUACAAUUCCAUGAAUUGAACGAAAGAUAUCAAAUUACAUUAGAAUUACUUGGAGAAAAGACAGAGCAAGUGGAAGAAUUACGAGCAGAUAUUGAGGAUAUGAAAGAUGCAUAUCGUAAUCAAAUAACAGAACUGGCUGCAGAGCUUGAAAAAUAUAAAAUUUCUCGUUAA